AAAGCAAUCCUGACCUCCCACGGCGUGCCCACAGACAGAGCCGACCUCAUCGCCACAGCGCUCACCCUCGCCGACCUGCGCGGCGUCGACACGCACGGCAUAAACCGUCUCCCGGGGUACAUCGCCCGUCUCCAAGCCGGAGUAGUCGCACUGGACCCAGAGCUAUCAUUCAACACCAAAACGCCGACCAUGGCGCUUCUGGACGCCAAAAACACCUUCGGCUUUGUCGCCGGCAGCAUGGCUAUCGACAAAUGUGUCGAGAUGGCACAGACCUACGGGAUGGGCAUGGUGGCCGUCCGCAACAGCAACCACUACGGCAUGGGGGCUACGUAUGUGCUGCGCGCGAUCAAGAAGGGGUUCGCUUGUUUCGCGUACACGAAUGCGAGUCGGGCCAUGCCGCCGUGGGGUGGUGCGGAGGCGCUGCUGGGGACGUCGCCGUUUGCGGUGGGGGUUCCUGGUGGCGCGGAGGGGGACUUUGUCCUGGAUGUGUCGCCUUGUGUUGCGGCGCGGGGCAAGAUGAGGAAGGCUGCGAGACGGGGGGAGUCGAUCCCCGAGGGGGCCCAAGGGGAGUGGGCUGGCCGUGAUGAUGGAUAUCUUUGCCGGCGUGAUGAGCGGGUCGCGUUUGCCGGAGGUGUCAAUGAUCAGUAUAAGGAGAUGGAGAGCCCGCAGGGGGUUGGGCAUUGGUUUUUGGUGUUUCGGCCGGAUGUGUUUCUGGAUGGUGGGGUGGAGGAGUUUCGGGAGCGGAUGGAUAUGUUGCUGAGGACUGUCAGGGGUGUCAAGAAGGCAGACGGCUUUGACAGGAUUUAUGUUAGUGGCGAGAUGGAGGCGGAGGUCGAGGAGAAGAGGAGGAGUGAGGGCAUUCCUUUCACCAAGGCGGAGGUGGACGCCUUGCAUUAUUUGGGGUUGCAGUCUGGGGUGCAGAUUAAGAUGGAGGAGGUGAGUAAGUAG